GCGACGCGCUAUGCAACAUGCCCAGAGUCCUCCUGUCAAAUCCCCGGACCCCUUCGAACUCGAGCGCCUCGCAGAGGAGCUCGCCGAACGUGAUGCGCUCCAUCCUCUAGAUCUAGACUCUUCCGACGUUCCCGACUUGCCCGACUUCAUUCCCCUCUCUCAUAAUGACCCCUUCCUCACCACAACAUCAUUCAAUGUCGACGACUUCCUCCUGUCACGCUCAUACACGUCGCUUCCAGACUUACGCUCUGAACUCAAGGACUACCUAUCAUCUUUGAAGGAAGAACUAGUCCAGCUCAUCAACGAUGACUACGAGGCUUUCAUCAGCCUCAGCACAGAUCUCCGGGGAGAGGGCAAGCGCCUAGAGAAGAUGAAGGUGCCAUUAUCGGUGCUCAAGACACAGGCUCAGCUCGCUCGAGAAGGACUACAAGUGGUUCAAACCGCCAUUCAACAAAAGCUGGAUGCGCGCUCGAAGAUCAGAGAGGAGAAGGCAUACCUUCAUAUGCUCAUCAAGAUAUCCGAAUCCGUUACAAAACUAGAAUCGUUGCUGCACGUCGCACCACCACCUGGGCAAAGUCCAGGAGGCGAAGGCUCAGGACGACUUUUUCCUUCUCAAUGGCCUGGCGAAAGUCCAUCGGAAACACCAGACCUUGCGGCGCGAGGCAACCGAGCGAAACAUCUCUCUCGAGCAGCCGCAGAGUACAGCCAGCUGACGUAUCACGUAUCGAAGGCUAAGGACGAUGACUGUGCUUUUAUCAAUGAGAUUCAAUGGAGAGUAGACCGCAUACAAUCAACGCUAUCGUCGGACCUCGAUCAUGUGUUUUCUGCGGCAGUAACGGUAAUGGCAACGAGCAAAGACACCAAGACAUCUGAAAUCGAACGUACCAAGGCGUUCGCUGACGUGUCGGAAUGCCUUCGUAUCUACGACAAUUUAGGGCUUUGGAGGAACUCGGAAAAUAUUCUUCGGAGAGAUCUAAUGCAGGAUUUUCUACGAAAAACUGUAUACUCCGGUGCACUGAGCGUGCCUCGUUCUCCUUUAAUGCCACAUACUCCAGCGCUAGCCGUCCCCCAGCUUGUUGAAAGCGGAAACAAUUUCCUUCGGACUCCUUACACCCCUUACACUGCCUUCGCUUCGAAGAAAAACCCUUUUGAAGCCCAAAUGAGUAGUGGGCCAGCGACAGCGUACCUCUUGGAUGAUUCGGACGACUCGCUCGCGGCAUUCUACAAUCAGAUACUCCGUUUUGUCGAGCGUGAUAUGACGCGUAUCAUGGAGACCGCCGAUAGAGUAUCUCUCAAGUCAACGGCGGCGUCAAAGCUGAAGGACAAGAACGGAGCCGCGGCUAUGGCUGCGGUUUUUGCAAGUCCUAAGAAGGAACGAGGAUACGUCGAAGGGUUCGAGAUCAUGUCGAACGUCGUUUGGGCGGAGGUGGGGCAGAAGGUGAUGGAUGAGCUGGGGAAUGUCGUGUUCGCAGCGGGGAAUCCUGAUGAAUUUCGGAAACGGUAUGAAACAACACAAGCGUUCAUUCGGUCGCUUGAAUUUCUAGCACCGUCUACCCACGCUGUCGAAAGUAUGCGCGUACACCCAGUUUACGCUACCUUCGAGCGACGAUGGCAGUUGCCUAUAUAUUUUCAGCUGCGCUGGAAGGAAAUAGUCCCCAAGGUUGAAGAUGCGCUAGCACCAUUCACUAACAGUGGUCUAAAGCAUGAACGUGGACAAUUUAUAACCACUCAAUCUAACGCUGUAUGGACCGCAAUAACAAGCUGUUGGAGCGCCCAAAUCUAUAUCCCCGAAUUAGGAUUUCGGUUUUGGCGACUAACGCUUCAGCUACUAAGCAGAUACAAAACUUGGGUAAAGAAGAAUGCCCCCGGCCUCGAAGACGUUCCUCGCAAGGGCAAAUCUGGGCCAGGCAGUGACAAGCUGUCGUCAACGCAGUCCCCCACCUCCCGAUCCUCUACACCUGUUAUCGGCGAUAACUCAACUCCCGAGUCCACAGAAGCGGACAACCAAACAAUCAAGCAGUCUGCUGCCUUGAUGUCUGACAUUUUGAAGCUGGCUGACCUCAGCAGGACGCUGUGGACCCAGGAGAUUAGUAUAAUGUUGCCUGAUUUCCACGAAGACGUCGGCCUCCCGGAAGAUGCGCUCCGACAACAACUUGCCGACCUAGAGGCGUUUGUCCCCCUACUCUCUGACCAGGUGGUGCAAAUAUUGUCCAGGCGAUGCUGCGAUGCCCUCCUCCCCGUGCGGUCUAUCCCCUCGCAAUUCCGGGCAAUGUCAAAUAAGCGGCCUCCUGCCGAGCCAAGUUACUUUGUGCACACCAUCCUCCGACCCCUCAAAGACUUCUUCGCUGGUUCAGGCGAGCGUCUCAAGGAAGCGCAUAUGCGUGCAUACGCGACGGAGAUAUUCGACAACGUGUGCCAGCGGUACAUCUACUACCUCUCCGCCAUGAAGAAGACGGAGGAAUCGCUGCGGAGGCUGAAGCGGGGCAAGAAGCAGACGACGGCGUUGUCGUUCUUCGGAGGUGGGCAGCAGGAUAAUGGCAGGGACGAGGAGAGGAUACGGCAGCAGAUGAUAUUGGAUGUUGAGGCGUUUGCGAAGGACGGAGAGGGGCUGGGCGUGGAUACGCAGGCGCUGGAUAGUUUCAAGAUGCUUCUGGAUAUGGUGCAAGCCAGUUUGUUGGAAGAUGCAUAAGUUCUUUUGCUCAUGUUGAAGCCCAUCGUUACGUCGUAUUAUUUGUCUGCAUUUUGACCUACUAUAAUAUACGACGACACAUAUGUACAGCGACGUAUUCAAUACGUGGUGAAUUAGUAGGGUGUGUCGCUCCUCCUCGCUUAGACAUGCACUGCAAUGGGUUUCAAUGUCAUCAUACGAUGCCAUUAUACAAUUCAGUGCGCUACGGUAAAAGAAUAGAAAUACACGGAUGAAAACGACGAAGAUCAAACAUGAGCGGGUUAGCACUCCAUGCAGGAACAGACGUAAAAUAAGGUGGUACAGGAGUGGCUCACGAUAGGUUGGGUAUCACGGAGCUAAUCGAAGGCAAAGUGAAGUCCCAAAUCCUCAAUUAGCAAGGAACCACAUAGCUUGCUCCGCCUCUGGAAUCUCGAGCUCCUCCUUAAUCCUCGCCAAAAGUUCGUCCUGCCGUUUCUUCUCUUCAUACUCAUAUAUGCUGUAGUUGUCGUAUAGUGCAAUAGCCAUCUCGUAGUCAACCAAGGCACUCUGAAUAGGAACAUCAAGAAGCCGCGGGCACUCCAACGCCGUCGAGAGGUGCGUCCUUGCAAAUAGACAGAUGACCUCGAGAUAGUGCUUGCGCUUCUGACGAUCCUUGAUUGUGAGCAGCUUGGCUGGGGAGGUGCGACCUCGUUCGAAUAUCUCAGGGUGACGACACGCAUAGAGGAAGAGAUCUUUCAUAAAGAUUCCGUAGCCAAAGCAGGCCUCUGGAGGGUGAUUCAGCAGCUUUUUGGAAAAGCGACUGCGGCGGACGACGUAUUUUGGUGGAAGCUUGACAGAGGGGAGGUCCUUUGGUCCCUUACGUCUAUACUGCACACCAGAGUGCUCGGGCUGUUGGAACUGAGUAAGCAGCUUGGCAAUGGCCUCCUUGGAAAACUCUGAUGUGGAAGACAUAAGCCUUAGUUGGUUGGGGUCG